CAGGGCACCCUGUUUCAGUUUAUAUCCUCUUUAUUAUUGACCCUUUCCCAAAAAUCUUAGUGUUGUAAAUAUAUUGGCCCCCCCGCCCGCCUUUAAAUAGCACACAUGGUGUACUAAAACGGCUCCGAGUUUCCUAAUAACCGUCUGAAAAUGCUCUGUCCUAAGAAGCUGCAGCUUUUCUCUUUCGCCCUCCUUUCUCCACACCUGUCCUCCGCCUUCUAUCUUCCCGGUGUCGCGCCAACAUCAUACGAUCAAGGACAACCGGUCCCACUCCAGGUUAACCGCCUAACCCCAGCGAUAUCUGAACUUGAUGAGCAGCUUCAUUCAGUUAUCCCCUACGACUAUUAUCAUCCGGCUUUCCACUUUUGCCAACCAAAAGAUGGCCCAAAAGACGUUCGGGAGUCGCUAGGCAGCAUAAUAUUUGGAGACCGCAUCCGCACCUCGCCUUUCGAACUACACAUGGCGAAAAAUGAAACUUGCAAGCCCUUGUGUUCCGAAGUGAAAUUUGACAUUAAGAGCAGCAAAUUUGUUAACCGCCGGAUAUGGCAGCAGUAUAAUAUUAACUGGUUGAUCGACGGUCUCCCGGCUGCCCAGAUCAAUAUCGACGACCAAACAGAAACAGAAUUCUACAGCCCUGGAUUCGCCCUAGGCUCUGUGGACGAUGAUGGCCAGGCAAUCCUUAACAACCACUAUAAUAUUCUAAUCGACUAUCACACAGUUAGCGGCCUAGGGAAGGGAAUUAAAUACCGUGUUGUUGGUGUCCUGGUAGUCCCAGAAUCGCGAAAGAACAACAAAAUUGUUAAUGGACAGGCGGAAUGCAACCAGAAUGGACCUCCAGUCGUUCUCAACGAAGAUGGUGAUACCACAGUUACAUGGACAUACGGUGUGUUCUGGAGAGAAUCCUCCACCGUGUGGGCAACUCGUUGGGACAAAUAUCUUCAUGUCUUCGACCCGAACGUCCAUUGGUACUCCCUCAUCUACUCCGCUGUAUUUGUCGUGUUGCUUGUCGCGUUGGUGAGCACGAUCUUGCUCCGCGCUUUGAAAAAAGACAUUGCGAGAUAUAACAGGUUGGAUAUGAUCACUUUGGACGAUCUGAAUGACACUUCCGCGACUGUUGAGGAUGGAAUUCAAGAAGAUUCUGGAUGGAAGCUGGUCCAUGGGGACGUUUUCCGCUGUCCAAGGCACCUCCUUCUACUUAGCGUAUUCUUGGGCAAUGGUGCACAACUGUUCGUGAUGACUGGCAUCACAGUCAUUUUUGCGUUGUUCGGAUUACUUUCCCCUGCAAAUCGUGGAUUCUUAGGGACAGUGAUAUUGAUCCUUUAUACUUUCCUCGGGUUUGUCGGUGGUUACGUCGCUGCGAGGGCGUACAAGUCGUUCGGCGGCGAAUCUUGGAAAAAACUCAUAAUCCUCACACCAGUUCUAACCCCUGGACUUGUCUUCUCAGUAUUUUUCUUCUUAAACCUCUUCGUCUGGUUCAAGGGGUCCAGCGGCGCUGUCCCGUUCACAACCAUGCUCAUCACCGUUCUGAUAUGGUUUGUUAUCAGCGUGCCUCUUAGUGUCGCAGGCAGCUGGAUCGGAUUGAAGCAGCCGGCUAUCGAAGGCCCAACCAGAACCAACCAAAUCCCUCGUCAAAUCCCACCAGCGGUUGGCUCCCUCCGCCCCUUGCCGUCAACCCUCAUUACAGGGCUUCUCCCAUUCGCUGCUAUAUUCGUUGAGCUUUACUUCAUCAUGCAUUCCCUUUGGACGAGUAAAAUCUACUAUAUGUUUGGAUUCCUCUUCCUCUGCUACGGUCUCAUGAUCAUUACUUCAGCGGCAACUACAAUUCUUCUCGUGUAUUUCCUCUUAUGCGCUGAGGAUUACCGCUGGCACUGGCGGGCCUUCAUGGGUGCGGGGAUGACCGGCGGAUAUGUAUUUUUGAACGCGCUUAUCUUCUGGGCUACCCGGGUGAGCUUUGGCGGGUUGACGGGUGCGGUGUUGUAUUUGGGAUAUUCUGCUCUUAUAGCAUUUUUGGUAUUUAUAUUGACUGGCUCCAUUGGUCUAAUUGCAAGCUGGAUAUUUGUCCAGCGCAUCUAUCGGUCUAUCAAGGUUGAUUAAAAUUGGACAACCUUUUCGACUUAACCCUGUACCUCAUGGCAAAUCGGCAUUAUCCAUCUCCGACUCACUCAAUUUUACUCCUAACCAUACCACUGCUGUGGCCAGAGCGUAGUACUGGAUUUUGGUCCAUCGGCGUUAUGUAAUGCUAAUGUAGGAUAUCUGGCGAAUGCAUUGUUCUCUAGGAAACUUCUUUCAGCAAGUGUUUACUUCUUCGGUUAUAGACCACAUCGCGAUUCCUCACUCCGUACUCAUACUUAUCCGUGUUAGCCAGAGGGAGCGCAGUAGUUCCAUUCAUUUUUUCUCACAUUUUAAAAUAAAGAGAAACGGGUUUUGCUUUGUCAUUCUAGCUUUCCCCCUGGCGUUCAACAAUAUUUGCUUUGGAAAUUGCUUCGAGCUAUUCUGUACAUAUUUACUCCUAUCACUGUUGUGUUUACUUUAUACUGUGGUUCCGGAAUUUUUCCCUUCU